GAACCCCGUCACCCUACCACCUCCCGUACCAUGGCGGAAAUUUGGGAUAGGACCCAUAAGGAGUGGAUUAAAAAUCUUAGGGUUUUUUACAAACAAAAUGAUAACAUCUGGAAUCGUGUGAGUGAGAUGGUCGGACUUGGACUGUUCAACCCAGACAUGUCUCCGAUAACUGAAGAUGGCCGAUUGAGAGAGUCUUUGCCAGUUGGUGCUGACUGUACGCUGAGUCCAUUGCUGCCAACCUCACAAGCUGCCCCAGCUGCCCAGCCAUCCUCGGAACAGCAGCUAUCAGUCAAACGUGUCGUCUGCAGUCCAGACCUUCCUGUGUUCUCUAUCACUCCCACAACCGAGGAACAAGCAGUGGACUCGUCUACAUCAGUUCCAGAGAAAGUGUUUCAGUGCUCGUUUUGUAACAAGACUUUCAACCAGAAAAACACUUUUCAGAACCAUUUACGCUCCCACGGUAAAGAGGGAGAAGAUCCCUAUCAGUGUAACUUCUGCGGUAAGAGUUUCGCUGUGCCGGCUCGACUGACUCGUCACUACCGGACCCAUACAGGCGAAAAACCUUACCAGUGUGAAUAUUGUAAAAAGUCCUUCUCCGUAAAGGAGAACCUCAGUGUUCACAGAAGAAUACACACCAAGGAAAGGCCGUACAAGUGUGAUAUUUGUGAGCGAGCUUUUGAACACAGCGGGAAACUGCAUCGCCACAUGCGGAUCCACACGGGCGAACGUCCACAUAAGUGCGGAAUCUGCUCGAAGACAUUCAUUCAGAGCGGACAACUCGUCAUACACAUGAGAACACAUACUGGAGAAAAACCCUACGUCUGCAAGUCGUGCGGGAAAGGCUUUACUUGCUCCAAACAACUCAAAGUGCACAACAGGACUCACACCGGAGAAAAACCGUACGCUUGUGAAAUUUGCGGAAAAAGUUUUGGUUACAAUCAUGUGCUCAAGCUGCAUCUAGUUGCUCAUUACGGGGAGAAAGUCUACAAGUGCACUAUCUGCAACGAGACUUUCACCUCCAAAAAGUCCAUGGAAAGCCAUAUCAAGAGCCAUUCAGAAUCGUCAGUCGAUGUUAGAGGAGAAGAUGACGUUAUGUCUCCUGGAAUGGCGGAAUCUUCAUGCGCCUCGUCCACCAGUGAUAAAGAAAACAAUAAGGAGGUUGAAGUAAAUUCUACCAAAAUUCACGUCAUGACUCCCAGAAGUGGGGAGCCAUCUUCGAGCCAGCCGCAUCCCAACAUGCGAGAGUUGGUGCAAUAUUUAUAUCCUCGCUCCUCUCAACAACCGCAGGGACUCAACCCGGCCCUCCUGGCGGCUGCGGCUGCCGAGUACGAAGGUAGACAAGUCUCUAACUGGAGUGAAGACCGUCCAAACAACUCCGGAAUGAUUCAUGUCAUCGAGUCGUCAUCGUUGCCAGUCACGGAACCACCAGUUUACCUCAUUCCUGACACGCUAGCCUCCAUCCAUCGAAGACAGCAGUACAGUUUCAAUCUCCCUCCUCCUCCGGAGUAUCUAGAGAACCAAGUCGUGAUAGACCUUCAGGACGACAAGAUGCGAGAAGAAGAAAUCAGAGUUAUGGGUGAUCUUUCUCACCGGGAAUCCAACGAACCUCUGACUCCUCCCAGCAGCAAUCCUGUCAGUCCCUCCCCCUCAUCCUCCCCGGACCCUCUGGACCUCGCGAUCCUCCCUAGGGACGAACUAACUCUCCCACCGCGUAAACGUAAGAUAAACUUCAAGCCUGUGGAUAAUACUGAACCGGCGGCCAAGGAAGUCGCAGUUCGACACAGCUCUGUAAUCCAUUUCGCCCGAGCGUCCUAAUCAGACUGAUUCUCUGUGAUAGACAAUUCGACUGUUAAGUCAGUCAAGUUAACACUGAGACUGUGCAAUAUAGACUAAGUUAUCAUAAGACUGUACGUAUCAUUUAUUGUAUUUGUUUAAGUUGUAUUAAAUGCCAACAACUUCACUACCUCUUAGCUAAUAGCUGUACUUAGUAUGUGUUGUGUCCUGCAAGUCUUCUGCGAUCUAAAUUCAGUUAUUUAAAUAUUUUAAGCCAUACUUGUCCUAGUCAUUAUUGUUUCUAUAACUUAACAAUAGCUAGCCUUUAAAAUAUUUGCUCUUAAUACUGUACAUCAAAUUUUUGCACUAAAUGUUUCUGAUAUUUUUUUGUUGGAGUUUUCACAGGCAUUUUUAUUUUAUUUCAAACCUUUUGAUGGAUUUUUUCAGUUUUUGUUUAAGUGGGUAAUAUUUAUUUUAUCAUUUUUAAUUUACUUUGUGCAUAAUAAUCAGCUUGUCCCCUUUUUGCAUUUAAGACAACAAUAGUGUUACAUCAUGUAAUGUAAUAUGUACAGUUACAUAAAUUUUUGAACUUGCCUGUAACUAUAAACCAAUAGUUACCUUACGCUCAGGGAGAAACUGUUUCUGUUUUACAUUUAAGGUUUUUGAAGGCUUGCAUGAAACUAGAGAUAGAGAAGGCACCAGAAAAGUACAUAAUAGGAUUUUAUACGAUGUAUAUAGAGUUUGUCUAUGGUAUAAGAGUUAAUGAUUCACAUCACUAAACAGAAAUUAAGCCUUGUAAAUUAGCUUGAAAUUGACUUUUGUAUAUAAAUUAAUGGAAUUUUUAAAUUUCUAUAUCUAGUGCUAUUUCAAAAUGUAUAAACGAGUAAUAAUUCAUACGUGGUUAUAGUAUUUUAAUUUUGUUUUUGAUCUCUGAUUGAUGUAUGGCUGAGUGGAUGUUGUUUAAUGGUUGGUUUAAAUUACUUUAUUCUAGUUGUAUUUCUCAGAAGACUUUUAUUUAUACAUUGUUUUGCACUGUUGAUUCCUCAUCAUGCUGUAGACUGUCUACCUCUAUUGUAUCUUUUUAACAAGAAUAACAUUGUUGUAAUCACUUGAA